UUUAUUUUCAUUUUUCAUCUUCAUCUCAUCUCAUCUUCAUUUCUACUCUCACCUUUUUGUUUGUUUGUUUUUUUCUCUCUUUUUUCUUGUUUUUCUUUAGAAUUAGUAAAAAUGGAGUCUACAUCGAUUUCUUUCAAAUAUUUCAAUGAAAUUUCACCGGAAAUGGAUCUAUUGACCGCCUCGAGUAUCGGUGAUCCAAGUCUUGUCCACAAGCUCAUUCAACAAGGAGCAAAUGUUGAUCAACCCAAUGAAUCGGGAUGGACACCAUUAAUGUACGCAGCUCAUUAUGGUCACUACAAUGUAGUUAAAAUGUUAAUCGAUUAUGGUGCUAAUGUAAAUUUAUGUGAGAGUGUUAAAGGUCGAACGCCAUUGAUGUUGGCUGCUUCUUGUGGCCACACUCGGUGUUUAGAAGUGUUGAUUACUUUAGGUGCUGCCGAUAUUGAGAUGACCGAUAGUCAAGGUCAUAAUGCUGCUUAUUACGCGAUCCAUUCUGGCCAUGGAAGGAACAAAAUUAUCGCCAAACUUUUGAAAAUUCAAGGUAAAAGUCGCUCAUCAGCAACACCAACAAACCUCCCAUCUCCGAAUUGUUUAUCAGCGUCUCACUCAAAUCGGCAAAUUCGCCAUCAACAACAACACCAACAACAACAACAACAACAAACAUCAUCUCUGACACCAUCAUCAAGCUUCACACCCACCGUCAAUCAUCACUAUCAUCAUCAUCAUCAUGCGAAAUCAUCCCUGACACCAUCACCAUCGCCUUCACCGUCAUCUUUUUCAUCAUCAACAACAACAACAUCAACCGCAACCUCGACAACUACAACUUUACCUCCUGCAAAUUUUUCUAAUAAAAAAUCAAGCCCCGGGGUCAUUGGUUCUCAACUUAAAGUACCCUCCCCGUGGACCUAUGAUCGGUCAACCGCCAGUCCAAAAUAUAAUGACACUAGAAUCAGUUGCUCAGGUACAACGGGUAGUAGCCCAUUGGCUGGAAACAGUAGUAACAGUAGUGGCGAUGAAUCAUCUUUACCGACCAUCAUGAGCGAUUCCGCUUCGACAUGUUCAAUAAUCUCUUCAACCUCUUCAAUUUCCGAUGGGGGAAUUAAUCGAAGCCGUUCACCUUUACCCGAAAAUCUCGACACUUUAUUAGAGAGAAUUGGCCUUAGCCAGUAUAGUUUGUUGUUUACUCUACAUGGAAUCGAUUUAUAUUGUUUCCUUACCCUGAACGAAUCGGAUUUCGAGGAAAUUGGAAUUACUCUUUUGGGCCAUAAGCGAAAACUUUACAUGGCUCAGCUUCGAUUCCGUGAAUCAGUUGAAAUCGCCAGUACACAAGAGCGAUUCUUUGCCGAUUGGCUUCUCUCCGAACGAGAAAAUCUAAAAAAAGAAAACCAUGAAUUGAAAAGUAAAUUAAAAGGAAAUGAUUCUAUUAGUCCUUUAACUUCAAUCUACAAUUAAUUCUCAACAAUUAUCUCAAAUUUGAGACAAUCAACAUAAUCAAAUUUUUUACUCUUCUCUCUCCAAUGUAUUUGUUUAUAUCUCUUUUUUUUCUUAAUUGUUUUUCAUUUUUAAUUGUUCAAUAUUUCUAGUCACCCAAUUCAUAUCAUUUUCUGAAUUGUUCUGAACUCUUUUCUUAAUCAAUUUUAACCAAACAUCAAUAUUUGUUUGUUUAUCUUUUUUUAUAUUUAUAAUUUGAAUCUCUAUUGUUGACACACUACCAAAGACUCACAAUUAAAUUGGUUGAUUUACUUUUUUUUCUCUCUAUGAAAUUGAAACAAAAUUUUCGUAAUUUUUUUUUUCAAAACUUUGCAAACUAAUCAGUUUCUCUUUCUCUUUGAAAACAAUUGACCAAAGGUCAGUUUGUGUUGGGUAAUUGGAAAGUUGAAUUGAUUUCGGGUUCAAAUUUCGCAUCGUAAAAGUUUAAAUAAACAAUUUAAUCAAUGAUAA